AUGGAGCAGUGUGAGGAACUAACCCUCGGUGAAUGUUUGAAACUGGACAAAGAAAGGGUCUCCUCGCUCCACUAUGGGCUUCCUGUUCCUCCUCACCUAGAGUAUCCACUGUCCCUGUCUCCAGUGCCUGCACCUCUUGUCUGCUGUGGGCAGGAGAGUCUGAAGGGAGACACGAGCAAGCACAAAAAGAAAAGAAGUUCCUCCUUUCGGUGCCCUGAGCCACAACCCCCUCGGCUGGGAUGGGGCAUGGUCUUCCUCCACUCAAAACCCACGGGCAGGGUGGGGUGCACCACAGUCUCCAGCGUGCCACCUGUCUGCCACUUCAGCCCACGGCACUGUGAGCAACUCAAGAACCAGUAUUUGAAAAGGGCGGCCGCCAACCUUUCCUUCUCUCAGGACGUGAAGUGGCAGCGGGGAUUACCCAGUAUGCCUUUCGAGCAGUACAGUUUUGAGCACAUCUACAACACGGAUGACAUCAUACCACCUGGGCAGACCAAGAUGUUCCACACUGAGAAACCUGUAGACACCAGGACUCUGCACACCUCAGCCCUCUUUACAGGAGACACCAUGCACUCUACAAAGACACAAAGCUCUGCUGGUUCUAAAUGGAGGCAGAAGAAACCAAAGCCUCAAGGCUUGGACCAGAAAGCCCCUCCCCCUCACGCCCGCAACUCCCGGUUGAAGACAAAAAUGCCAGACCUGUCACCCUCUCCAGAUGAGAGUCUGGAAGAAAGGGAAACCUGGCUCCCACCCAGGGAGAAGGAGGCCCGAGACUGGGAAAGCAUCGUGCUGGAGAAGCUGAACAAGCGCACGUCGCGAUGGAUUCAGAACAAACGGCCACCCAGGCCUGGGCAAUCGCCCAACAAAUGGCAGAGCUUCCUGCACCAGCAGUACGACUGGAGCCACAUUCGGGAUGAGCUCACUUCAGACAGCGACCUGGACCUCCUUAGAAAGCUGGAAGCAGAAGAGACAGCAGAGUUCGAGGGUGAACCGAUCGUCCUGCCACCCAAGGAAAUAAAGAAGCCGGAGCUGCUGCUUCCGGUUUACUACAGGUUACCUGGUUACUCCCCACAAGUGCAGACAGUAGAAAUCCUGCCUGGCAUCAACAUGACGGCUGAGGAUAUCAAAGAGAGAAGCAACUUCCAGCGUCCAAUUCAGGACCCCUUCCGGCAGGUGAACCCCAAAGCUGGAGAGUUCGCUUACUCUACAGACAACACCUUUGAGCAGGAGAUUUACUUUGACGGAGUGAAGAUUGUUCACGAGAUCGGUGGGAACAGAAACCAAAUUCUCCUGGAAAACCUCAAUCGGUAUGACAAGCACCUAACUAAGAUCUUCCCCGAAACCCCAGAAAAGUGGAGUUCCCAGCCUGUUCCUGAAACACCUUGUAAGCUCAAGAAAGGAGGCCAGCGUUGGACUGCACUGCCCACCGAGGUCAAGGGCCUGCUGCUGCAGGUGGGUGAGGAGGACAAGUCUGCCAAGACUAGGAGACAGAAGAAGCAAGUCCCACCCCUGAAGGAGUACGUGACUUGGGAGCUUGAGGUGCUGAGGAAGAUGCUGCAGGAAUGGAAGACUGCCUGGGCACUCAUUAUUGAAUGGCAUCAUGAGACAGUGGAGAACUUACUACGGGGCAUAGUCAGCAUGUAUGAUGACACAAGGAUCCAGGCCAUCGUCACAUGUGCUACUGCUGCUUUACAACGGCCCCGGACUGCCACCAACCAGCAGGACACAGACAAACCAAUUGCGGAUUUGCCGGAAGUCCUACGGCCUCCUCUAGAGGCUGCCCUGUCUGACGUGAAUCCCAACGUGCGGAUGGCAGCAGCCAUAUGCCAGUAUGCCAUACAGUCACAUAACCCCACUGCCCGGGACAUCCUGCAGACAGCCCUUGUGAAGGGUAACAGUGUAGACAGCUGGGCUGCGGCUCAGUGCUUGGCUCUGGAAGGCAUUGCCAGCUACCCAGUGAUUAAGAGGAUCCUCUACCAGCUCUUCAACAAGAAGAACGAGGCCACCGAGGAACAGUCUUAUAUACUGCUCAACCACCUCAGUGGAAAGACGACCCUAAUCCACACGUUGCUUGCUGUGGAGCUGAACAGCAGGCAAUGGAAGGACCGCAUCAUGGCCUGCCGAGCUUUCUCUCGGAUCAGCGGAAAUAUCUGCAUAGAUAUGAAACAAAAAAUAAUCGAGCUGAUGUGGAACGACUGGAACAAGGAAGUAAGGCAAGCAGCCGCCAGGGCACUGGGGCAAAUGAACCUUGGGAAAGAGGUACAUGACAUGAUCAGGGUUAAGCUGAGUGAGGGAAAUAUCCAGGAGCGGAUCGAGGCCCUCUCCCUGAUCGGUACGCUCAAGCUCAUGACAGCCAAGCUCCUCCCGAGCUUCCUGGGCUGCUUCUCUAAUGAGUUCAUAGCAAUACGACAGGCAGCCUGCUUGGCAGCAGGUGCUCUGCAGAUCCGCGACCAGAUGGUGCUUGAAUGGCUCUUGACACUGAUGCACAGAGAUCCUUACUGGAAAAUCAAGGCUUUUGCCAUUCGAGCUUUGGGACAGAUUGGACAGGCGAGUCCCCAGCUGACAGAUCUUCUGCUCUGGGCUAUCCACUAUGAAGAAUCACCAGGGGUACGACUGGAAGCUUGCCGUAGCAUCCUGGCCCUCAAGCUUCAAGGGAAUCGGAUCAGGGACACCUUUUUAGAUGUGCUGCUCCUGGAAAACCACGAGGCUGUUCUUAAGGAAAUUUACCAGGCAAUGACGGAACUGAACUUAGAAAAUGAAGGAAAUCAAGAAAUGAUUCAGGAGAUCAAGAACAAGAUUCAAACACUAAACCAAAAGGACUUGCUGUUGGAGAAAGUAAUAAAGAUGGAAGCGACCAUAGUAAAGAUGAAGGAAAAGGCGAGGCGGGUCUACUCACAGCCCACAGAGGGCCAAAAACCACUGGAGCUCGAAACUUUUCUUAAAGAAAUUUUUGACAGUAAAGCGGUUCUUCGUAGGACGUCUGAGGUCUGUGACACUGAAGAAGUCCUAAAGGGCAUGGUGCCGAAGGUGCCAAAUCACUGGCUCCGGAGUCCUGUCGUGGGACUCCCCACACACAGAGGCCGCUCACCGUUUUUCAAGGAUCUUCGGACUGCCCGGGAAAAAAGGAUUCAAAGAGGGCCCUUCGGAUCCGACACAGAUCUCUAGCUGGGCAAAUUCCUCAAAGAAGAUCGUCUGCCAACUCCAAGUCUUCUCUCGGUGCCUGCGAGAGAAGCGGGGAAGCAGCUCCUGUCUAAGGCUGAAUGA